UCUCUUCCUUAUCCUGCCUCUCAUUCUAAUGUGUCUGAGGCUGAGCUCACAGACAUGGACUGCACGCUGGGGCUGCUUUCUCUCAUCGCUGUGGUCAUCCUGCUUCAACUGAUCAGGAAGGUGUUUGGGAGGAGAGGAAACCUUCCUCCAGGCCCCAGACCUUUGCCUAUCCUGGGAAAUCUACUGCAGCUAAAGAGCAGGGAGAUACACAAACCUAUACUGGAGCUCAGUAAGAAGUAUGGACCUGUGUAUACCUUAUACAUUGGUCCACAGCCUGCUGUGGUGCUAUGUGGGUAUAAGGCUGUGAAGGAAGCUCUAGUGGACAAUGCAGAGAAAUUCAGUGGCCGAGCAGAGUUCCCGAUAGUAGAGCUGACCAGCAAGGGAUACGGCAUUGCAUUUAGUAAUGGGGAUCGUUGGAAGGAGCUGAGGCGGUUCUCACUGACCACUCUACGUAAUUUUGGGAUGGGGAAAAGGAGCAUUGAGGAACGGAUUCAUGAGGAGAUCCAGUGUCUGUUGGAGAUAUUUCAGGAAACAAGAGGCUCUUUGUAUAAACCGGCUUUCUUCAUCCGUCGCUCAGUCUCAAACGUCAUUUGUUCAGUCAUCUUUGGGAAGCGGUUCGAGUACACUGAUCCUAAAUUACAAACUCUGCUGGACCUUGUUGCCGAGAAUCUUAGGAGGGUGGACAACAUCUGGGUUCAGCUGUAUAAUUUCAUACCAUCAGUCCUGAGCCUCCUGCCAGGGCCUCACCACAGACUGUCUGAAAAUUACCAAGCACAGCUGGACUACGCAGAAGCCAUAGUACGGGAACAUGAGGCAACGUUUGACCCCUCCUCACCACGGGAUUACGUUGAUGCCUUCCUCUUAAAGAUGCAACAGGAAAGCAAGAACCCGAACACGGAAUAUAUUUUGCCAAACCUGCUUUCGUCCGCACUGGAUAUAUUUUUUGCAGGACAGGAAUCCACCAGCAGCACAUUGGGAUAUGGGCUUCUGAUCUUAAUGAAGUAUCCACAUAUUAAAGAAAAGGUCCAGGCUGAGAUAGAGAAUGUAAUUGGACGAACCCGUAGGCCGUGCAUGGAGGACCGCGCCAAAAUGCCAUACACCGAAGCUGUUCUCCAUGAGGUUAUGCGGUUUAUUGACUUCCUACCUCUGGGCGCUCCUCAUUCUGUGACAGAGGACACUGUUUUUAGGGGCUAUUCCCUACCCAAGGGUACAGUUAUCUUUCCAGUUCUGCAUUCUGUGCUAUAUGACCCCUCGCUGUUCAAAAGGCCGCAUGAGUUUGAUCCAGAACAUUUUCUAGAUAAAGAUGGUUUGUUUAAGAAAAGCGAAGGCUUCAUGGCAUUCUCUGCAGGAAAGAGAGCAUGCCCAGGGGAAAGUCUGGCACGCAUGGAGCUUUUCCUGUACCUCACCUCCAUCCUUCAGAAAUUUGAUAUUCGCUCUGAUACACCUCCAAGUGACAUUGACCUUUCCCCGGAAUACAGCGGUUUGGGAAAAAUGGCUCCUUCCUAUGAAAUUAGAUUUAUUCCUUAUUAGAUAUUGCACUCUGUUCCAUG